GAGAGGAAGACGAAGAAAGGUCUGGAAGCUCUGAGGUUUUCUGCUCCCUGACCGAUAAACUGACAUGAGUCACGUCGACGUGAAGAACCUGAAGCCCUCCAGCUUCGAGGAGAAGUACUACGAUGAGUAUGAUUACUACAGCCUGACCGACAAAUACACCGAGGGUUCAGCCCGCAAAGGUAGAACCAAGAAGGAGGCCAGCGAGAACACGAACAGACCCAACCCUGGAGGGCACGAGCGCAAAAUAGUGGAGAAACUUCAGAACAGCGAGAAGAAAGCCAAGGAGUGAAUAUUGAGGGCAACUCGGACGGCUUUUACCGGAAACCGACCACGGCCUCCUUGGCGACGGAACGAGACGUGCAGACGGCAGGAGCGUGUUGACGCUCCAAUGGGCGGGGUUAAACCUGGGCGUGAUGAGGGUCCCACAGAGCCAGCUGCUGGUCUCUGAUGCGACUCCUCCGCCCGUAGGUGUUGUAAAGCUCCCACCUGUGUUGGUGUGCACCUGUGUGCUGGCUCGGAGCGCGAUGGUGUACCUAGGAUUGUGGUGUGGCAGCAGGGUCAUUUUUUUCUAUGGUUUUUAGCUUUUUAUUUUUGAAGCCAUGUUUUUAUUAAAGUUAUUAUUAAAUCACUGAGUGUUUGUUUCAUCCUGUCAGACUCCUCAAACCCAGUAUAGCAGCGAUGGUUUUUAGAUGUAGUAGAAAACUUUUUUUUUUUUUCUUUAACAUAAGAUUGUGGUAAAUGAACAAAUUUCCAUACUGAGUUUAAUUCCAUACUUUUGUUAAAUCCCCAGUUAGCUGAAAUCUAAUUUACUGACUGGAGUAAUGAAUGAUCUUGGAAAAAUAAAUGCUUCACUGUCUGUGCUUUAAACAGUUGGUCAGACAAAACCAUAAGGAAAUGAAGUUUCAGGUUAAAACUUUCAAUUUUAAACAUGAAUAAUGGAACAUUUCUGUCAUGGGCUGGAUGGAAAAUUUCAUUCUUGAUGACUUGUUGCAAUAAACAGGAAAAAUAUAAAUUUCUAGAUUCCAAUAAACAGGUG